AUGUGUAUCUCUCAGAAUAAGCCGGUCAAAGAUCCAGCAAAGGACAUCAAUCACUUAAAGCUCGAAAAUACACGUUUAACAAAUGAACUUGAAGCAUUGAAAAUGGAAAUGGAAUCAAUGAGAAAGACAAUUGAUGCUUUCAUCGUUGACAUGAAUACACAAGCCGAUGUUAAACUCAAAUUAGAACAGGAAGUGGAAGACUUGAAAAAAGAAUUAGUUGAUGCUCGUGAACAUCGAUUUACAGACGAUGAUUCUAUCAAUCCAGGAUCCCAAUGCAACAAAUAA